CUCCGUAGGGGCGGCAGCAGCCGGGCGCGGAGCAUGUCUGUGGUGACCGGGGGCAGCGAGUCGGGUGCCGCUGGGGGAGGCGGCGGGAGCCGGGUUUUCUUCCAGAGCCCCCGCGGCGGGGGAGGAGGAGGCGGCGGCGGCUCCUCCCGGGAGGACUCGGUCUCCCCGGCGGCGGCGGUGCUGCAGGUCCAGCAGCAGCAGCGGCGCCACCAGCAAGGCAAAGUGACGGUGAAGUACGAUCGGAAGGAGCUGCGGAAAAGGCUGGUGCUGGAGGAGUGGAUCGUGGAGCAGCUGGGGCAGCUGUACGGCUGCGAGCAAGAUGCAUGCUCCUCUGUUAAACCGUUUAAUGAAUUCCGUCGCAAGGAUGUCUUUCAGCGGGAAUAG